AUGAAACGAAAGUAUAACAAACUCUUUAAAACAGAAGUUGAAUCAGAUGCAUUUGGAGAUCUUGUCACAUUUCAAGACUUUGAAUCAAAAUUGAGGACUUUUAUUGAUAAUACUUCAAAAUUUACAAAAGGGAAAUAAAAAGUUUAAAUGAAAGAAUCAAAUUCAUAAACCGAUUUAGAUUUUUAGUCAAUUUUGCUUGAUAAAAUAAUAAGAAAAUCAAUGACGAAAAAAGACCUCAAAACAAAAUAUAUCGAUUUAUGUUCAGAAUUUGGGAUUGAUUAUUAUCAAUUACUAAAACUAGAAAGUUUAGAAUUGAAAUAAGAUUAUGCCAUCUAAUGUGCUACCAAGUCAAUAUCCAAAAGUUUAGAGAAUCUAUUAACCAAGUAUAAAUAAGAAAAGCAUGAGCCUUCUUUUCCCAAUAACAAUAAACAAUUGGAUUUGUAUGGAUGGAUGAAAGUGAAAUCUCAAUAUAAAAAACUUAAGAAAAUUCUGUAAUAUGCUCUUGUAGAACUUGUUUAAUAAAAUUCAAAUCAAGAUAAAGUAAGUAUUUGAUAUUUAUAUAAGAUUAAAAUGUUUUUUGCUUACAUUAAUCAUUUUAUACAAAAACGACACAAAACAACAGAGAGUCUAAAUUUCAGUACAGCUCACACUUCAAGAAUUCGUACAUAGCAAAAUUUUGAAGAAAAAUUAUAUUUAGAUCCACCUCAAUUUCAAUUUUCAAAACCAGAUCUCUUUUUUGAAUGGAAUCAUGCAAUUGAACAGGGCUAUUUAUCAAAUGAUUAAAAUAUUCAUAAAGUUGGAUAUGAAUUAAUGAAAAAACAAAAUAGCAAAGGUGUAAAUUAUUAAAAAAGAGAGAAAUUACUAGAUUAAUGUUAGGAAGGCAAUUAUUUGACAGCUGAAGAAUUAAAGUAUUUAGCAUCAACUUCAUUUUUAAUAAAUAAAUGUGUAGAUAAAUAAUUUAUUUAGAGGGCAAUUAAUUUUUUGGAUUCAUAAGUAAAUAGUAUCUUGAAUUUUUUAGGUAAUUCAUUAAAUUGAAAUGAAUAUAGCUGAGUAAGUAUUAUAAACAUUUUACUAUUUGAAGAAAAAUCUUACUAAAUAUAGAAAGGAAUGGUUAGAAAAAGUUAAUAUUGAGAAACGAAAGAAUAUUAGUAAAAACUAAAAAUAGAUAUUUUAGAAAUCAAUUCAGAGCUUAAUUAAAAGAAAAAUUAAUUGCUUUCAAAUUCAAACCAAAUAAGAAAUAUCAAAAAGAAAAUUAUAAAUUAAUUAAGAGAUGUUGCAAAGAAAAAGCAACUUUAACAUGAAGCAGAAAAAAAAAAAGAGAAAUAUUUGAGAAUAUAACGAAGAAUGGGUAAUCCAUUAGCAAAUAUAUAUGUUUAAAAGUUCAAAGAAAUUGUUCUAUAAGUGAUAAGUAAAAUUAGAGAAGUACUUAAUUUUAUUAAGAUAGAAAAAAGUAUCUGAUAAAGAAAGAUAAAAGGAAUUUUUGGAAAGGAAUGAAGCUAAACCUCCUCCAAAAGCCAUUUACACAAUUGGAAAUGAAAUAUAUGAUGUUAAAAAAUCAAAGAGAGCUUUUCAUCCACCUUCCAAAGUUAUGACAACUUUAUCUGAAGAUAAAUAUAAGAUUUAAAAACCAGAGAUAUAGAAAUAACAAAUAAAGAGAUAUAAAUUAGGAAUAAGAAAUUAUACAGUUACAUAAGAUCAAUUUAAAAAUUUCUAUGCUGGUGGACCAUAAUUACCAAGAAAAUUUCAAUCCUCAGAAUUAUAACAUUUAAUUAAAAAUGAUGAAUCAGAUACUAAUUUUCCAAGAAAAAACAAUUGGAUAACAUCAGAAGCAGAGGUUUAAGCUGCAAAUAAGAUCAAAUUUGCCAUUAAAAGGUAUAUUCAGAAGAAAGCAUUAAAUAAGUUAAUUGUAAAAAGUGAAGUAAAAAAGAACAGAGAUAUUGAAAUUAAAAUUAGAAAAUGCAUGCAAGCAAAAAAGUUUUUUGAAGAACUUCACAAAGAAUUAGAUAAAAGAUAAAGUGAAAGACUUAAAGAUAUCUCAAGUCAUUAGCCACCAAAAUUACCUAUUGAUAAAAUUGAAAAGAUUCCAUCCUCUGGUGCUUUAAGCAUAGGAAUAAAAAGUAGUGGUCAAGUGUCUUAGACUUAAAGAACAUCUAAGAGAUUAUAAUCUCAUCGAUUAAGUCUUUAUAAAUAUAUUCCACCCCAAGAAAAAGUAGAUGAAAAUUCUUUGGUAAUUUUAUGAUUGGUAUUAAGUUAAGGAUACGGCUAGAAGGGCAGAAAUGGAAAUUAAGGAAAUUGCUAGAAAAAAGAAGAUGAUGAAAUUUUCUAAACAAAAGGAAAUGAGUGAAGCAAAAUUGAAAAACAGAAAAUUAAUUGUUGCUGCCAAAAUGAAGAAUUUGUAGGUUGCCAUGACUUCAGGAUUUUAAUACAAUCAAAGGGAUACACAAUUAUGUGAUAGAUUCGGAAAUACUCCUCUUUAUUAUUGUGCUAAAAAUGGAGAUGAAUAGUUUUGUAGGUUUUUACUCAAUUUGGGUGCAAAUGUUAAUUAAUAAUGUGAGAAUCUCAAUACUCCUUUACAUAUGGCAUUUUAAUCAGAAAGCAAAUAAAUCAUCAUUGACUUUAUAAACAAAGGAGGUAAUCUUAGUAUGGUCAAUGCAGAUAAAUGUACUCCAUUAGCAUUUGGAUCAGAGGAAUUAUUGAAAUCUUUGAAUUUAUGCAAUCUUGUUGCAACUGUAAAUAUUAAUUAUUUUUAGACUAAACAACAAUAUUUGGAGUCUGAUAAUAAUAAUGUAUUUUCAAAGAAGGAAGCAAAAUGGAUGGAUUAAUAAUUUGAGGAUGGAUUAAUAUAUGACAGAUACAAAUAUAAAACAAUAAUAUGA